AUGAUAGUGCUUUAUACAACGAAGACUUCAACUGUAAACAACACUGGCGGUGACUGUGUACGUACCGAAACAUUCCCUACCAACUCGAGUAAACAAAAGCGAAGACAAAGAAAGCGACACACGAACCGUUUGUGUUUCUCUGACCUGUUAGAGCCCACUGGAGAGAAAUUGGGUAGCGGGUCCGUUGGUGGAGUGUCCACCUUCAGAAACAAGGAAACAGGGAGGGAAUACGCAGUGAAAGUCAUCAGGAAGUGUCGCGGGGAGGGACUCUAUAGAGUGAAGAGCGAGAUUGAGAUAUGUCAGAGAUACCAGAACUGCGAGAGCAUCCUCAAUUUCUUGGAUUUCUAUACCUCAGGAGAUACGUAUUUCUUCGUAUUCGACAAGAUUUCAGGAGGCGACCUGGGCUAUGUGUAUGAAUCAACACCGUAUCUGAGUCUGAGCGAGUCUCAGGCGUCACGAGUGACUGGCGCCGUCGCCCGAGCGCUCCGGACACUUCAUAGCGACGGCGUUGCACAUAGAGACAUUAAGCCAGAGAACAUUUUAUGCCACUUCCCAGGGGAGAUCACCCCAGUCGUCCUCUGCGACUUUGGCCUAGCAAGUGAUCUGCCUGUUCUUCCCUUACCUCUGCCUAUCGAUUCUGCACCUGUUGCAGGUGAUCUGCCUGUUCUUCCUUUACCUCUGCCUAUCGAUCCUGCACCUGUUGCAGGUGAUCUGCCUGUUCUUCCCUUACCUCUGCCUAUCGAUCCUGCACCUGUUGCAGGUGAUCUUCCCGUCCGUCCCUUACCUCUGCCUAUCAAUCAUCUACCUCUGCCUGUCAAUCAUCUUCCUCUCCCAGUCGACUACGCACCUUCAGGUGUCGACUACGCCCCCCUCCCCCUGGCUGGCAAGGAAGACAUCAAAUGCCAAAAACCUCCAUCUCAAAAACAGAAGUUAUGA